CCCGCUACAGAACUCCUCCCGAGUCCUACAGCUUUCCGGACAGGAGGAGAGUGACUGAGGGAGUGGCCGGUCAGGAAGACAACAACUCUUGGCCUGAAUUUGUUAUUCAUAAAUGUUUACUCGCCCCAAGCAGAACUAAGGUAAACGGGUUGUUGUGCUCUAAGUUUUCUGCUUCUUUACUUCGUGUUAAGGAGCCUUCUAAUUUAUUAUCUCAAGCAUAAUUGGAUAGUGUUUGCAAGGUCAAUCCGUAGUAUAUUGCAAUUCGUUUAGCUCCUUUAAGGAAAAUAUACGGCUUUUCAGGAUGUUAAGGCAAAUUCAUACCUCUAAACCUCAAUGUCUACUUGGGUACGGAUAUAAUCCAACGCUGCUAGGGUAUACUUCUGAAGUGAAUUCUAGGACUUUCUCGUGUUUGGUGAAUCACAUAACCAAUAAAAAUUUCAAAUUUUUAAGAUACAGAAAUUGCUUAGUUCAGCUCCGCCGUAAAACCCUUUUUCAAGAAGGUAAAAUAGCUAAGGGCUUUGCAAGUGGGACUUCGUUUAAGAAUGCUUCAAGGGAUUCGGGGAAUUUCCAAUUGGUUAAUGGGGCUAGAAGUUUUUCGAGUUCCGAUUCUCAGAAAGUCGCUCAACGCAAUGACAAGAAUCUUCCUUGGUUAGUUAAAUCAAGGGCUAAAGAUACAAGGAGGCCUGAGAAAAUGGAUGUGUCGAAAACCAGCACUUCUUCAUGGGAGGAGUCAGCAAACAAGUUCCUAAAAGGUGGUGGAACUGCCGCAAAAGAUAGGGGUUUUCAGGGUUGGGAAGGUAGCCAGCACAACUACAGGGGCGAAUAUGAAAGUAUUGAAGAAGAGGAUGGAGAAGAAGAAGCCGAAGUUGAGGAUAUUGAUGAUCCAAGAUGGGAUAAAAUAAAGAAUCAAUACAAUAGAAUUGGUGCAGCGAAACUGGGUUCAGAUAAACCAGAAUUUAAGAAGUGGAAUAAGCAGGAAAUUUGGGGUAGGAAAACAUGGAAAGAUGCUACCGAAUCCACAGUGCCAAAGAUUGUUGGCGAGGGAUAUGGAGUUGGUCCAAUAUUAGCUGCAUUAUCUGCUGGAAGAAGAGAAUUUUAUGCUUUGUAUGUUCAAGAAGGGAUUGAUCUUAGUGGAAAUAACAGGAAGAAGAAGGACAAGAAAGGGUUUGAGAAAGUGCUAAGGAUGGCAGAGAAUAUUGGAUUGAACAAAAAGGAGAUAUCCAAACAUGAUCUGAAUAUGGUUGUUGAUAACAGGCCGCAUCAGGGAAUAGUCUUGGAUGCUUCUCCGUUAGAGAUGGUCGGGAUCAAGGAAUUAGAACCAGUUUCAGUUGAGGGGGAGAGCGGCCCUCUUUGGGUCGCAUUGGAUGAGGUUACUGAUCCUCAGAAUUUGGGGGCUAUUAUCCGUUCUGCUUAUUUCUUUGGUGCCUCAGGGGUGGUUUUAUGUGCUAAGAACUCUGCUCCUCUGAGUGGGGUUGUCAGCAAAGCAAGUGCUGGCUCACUUGAGUUAAUGGAGCUCAGAUCAUGCAAGAACAUGAUGCAGUUCUUGUCUUCUUCAGCUCAAAAUGGUUGGCGGGUUCUUGGGGGCUCAGUUUCUUCUAGAGCUGUUCCUUUGAAUGAGGUUGUACCUGGUGCUUCCACAAUUCUUGUUUUAGGCAGUGAGGGCACUGGUUUGAGGCCUUUGGUAGAGAGAUCAUGCACUGAAUUGAUUAGGAUUCCUGGAAACAUUCCCAUGGAUGUAAUUGCUGGUGAAGACGAAGAGAUGGAAAGGUCUGAGGUCAAUCAUGGGGUUCCAGGUAAAGAGUUCAGGUCCUUUAUGGCUGUGGAGAGCUUGAAUGUAAGUGUUGCGGCGGGUGUGCUUCUUCACCACUUGAGUGGAAUCAAAUGCAGUGACAAUGGCCCCAAGGGAGAGAGUUGAUGUGGUUCUCAUUUUUGUGGAAGUUCAUGUGAACCUGUCACUCGUUUCUCUUGGAAUUCAGGGAGUGCAUACUUGUCCUAGUUUUGUUUUAAUUUCUUGAUACAUGAAACGACCAUUUGUUAAAGAUGCUGGUAUCUGGAUGAUAUACUGGUGUACUUAGUCCUCCUUAAUUGGAGUUGGCUUCAUUAUUCUAGUCUAUUAUCGCCUACAGAGUUUGAGCACCAAUAUGUGUGUGAUGAUAGAAUGUAUAAACAAGCCAGCGCAUCAAAAAUUAUGAGAUCAUGAGUUGGGGAUAACACCAAAAUGGAGACAAUCUGCAGAUUUCUAUACUGUUCCUAGAAUGGUGCUGACACGGUUUUUAUUCGCUAUUUCUUCUUCCUUUUUUAUAUGGUAGAUAGAACUAGUACAAGGGUUCCCUUAGCUGCUGCUAUUCAUAUAGAAAGGUCUACAUCUUGAAACCGAUAUUUUGCCAAAAACCACAUCGGUACACCUGAGAAUCUGUGCGCUUUGAUAUCAGAUUUUAGUGUGGGUGUUACCACACCUUUACACCUGCCAUAGUUAAUUGUAAUCCGUAGAUUGAGCUUUGCCCUCCUGACCCAAGGAAAAGCUUAAAAAAAAAAA